CAUUGCUUCAACUUUCUGUUCUUAGACUUCAGGUCCAUGCUGCGCUUCCCGAGGAUGAAGGCGAGUCGCGCUUUGCUCAAGGUUUAUGUACUGCAAUGAGACAAGACUAUACAAGUGACGGUCGUUUGGACGUAAUGAAGGUGUUUUAGAGGUAUAAAAAAGGAGCACCAUUCAGGCGCCCUUCUCACUUUCUAUUAAAAAGGGCAGAACCUAUUGUAACGAGCUGAUUAGCGGGUCAAGAUGGACGAAGAGCUCCGGAAGCUGCAGGAGCUCUUCUCACAGGCGCAGGAGGUGAAAUCAACCGUGCGGCUGUCAGAAAGGAAUGUCAUCGAAUUGGUGAACAAGUUGAAGCAAUUGGGCCUCCUAGGUGAUGAUCUGUUGCACACUGUCAAUGGCAAGGAGUACAUUACGGUCAACCAGCUGCGUAAAGAGAUGGCCAGCGAGGUGCACCGGCAGGGCCGCAUAUCUCUUGUGGAUCUGGCCACCAAUCUGGGCGUCGAUCUGUUCCACAUUGAGCGACAGGCCGAUGCCUUGGUGGCGGAGGAAGCGGACACCAGCCUGGUGCAAGGAGAACUGCUCACGACCGGCUACUGGGACAACCUUGCGGAGGAAAUCGAUGAGUCGCUGCAGGAGACGGGCCAGGUAUCGAUCGGCGAGCUGGCCCGGCAGUUCAACGUGGGAGUGGAGCUGCUCACGGGCGCUAUCACAGCCAGGCUGGAUACAAAGAUCCAUGGCAAGCUCGACUCGGGGAUGCUGUACACGCCCGCCCACGUUGCCCGCAUCAAGGCCAUGGUGCGGGGCGCCAUGCGAGGCGUGACUGUGCCGUGCUCCGUGCCCGAUGUGUGGGCCUCGCUGCAUCGGCUGCAGCAACGAGAGGAUAAGGAGAGCGUCGCGGGAGUGGGGGGCGACUCCCUGUACUCGACUGUGCUGGCGGAGUUGAUUGCGGAAGGGGAGCUGAAGGGCACGCUCAGUGGUGGCAAGACGCUGUGGACACCCGCAGUGUUCUCAAGGUCGCAGCGGGAAAGCGUGGAGAACUUCUACUCACAAAACGGGCACAUUGCAUACGACUCGUUGCGGAAGCUGGCCAUUCCCAACCCGAAGCAGUACCUGCAAGACAAGUACGCCGAGGGGAUCCCUUUAGAGACUGUCUUCGUGCACCCCUCGUUGGUCGGUCAACUGGAUGCUGCUGUUGAAGAAGCUGUUGCCAAUGGAACUUGGUGCGAAGCAGAGCAGCUAGUCCCGUCCAGUCUGUCGGCCGCCGACACGGCCAAGCUCCUGGCGCAGUGCCCCUCCGUAGAAAAGGCCACCAAGACCAAGUCGGCGGUCCUGGUGCUGGACACGUGUCUGGUGGCGGAGUCCUUGCUCAAGGACUGCAUCGAAAAGUUCGACACUCUAGCUCGCACCAAGGCCGCGGCUGUCUUGCUCGCGAAGAAGCCGUCGAAGGCCGCGAACGCGGCAACGGCGGAGCGGAACAGCCAGGCAAGCACUUCGGCUGCCGGGAAUGACGACAGCGAGGACGAAGGGGGUAGGACGAAACGGGGGGGCAAAAAAGGCAGGAGAGGGGCCCCCUCGAAGAGUGCAGAGGUGGAUGAAGAGGAGGAGGAGACGAGGGGCGGCAAGGGAGCGAAGAAAGGGAGACGGAACAAGGCGGGGAAAGGCGGCGCCGCUAGCACGGAGCCUGCCGCUGAGGAGAAUGAGACACGGGGGGCACCCACGGACACGGAGAUGGAGGACUGCUUGCUGGAGUGGUACCCGGAUCUAGAGGGUGCCGGGGCAGGCACGUCUGACGACAGCAACAAGCUGGCGCGCGCGCUCGUGCGGCGGCUGCGGCCCACGGUGCUGGCGACAUUCGUGGCCGCCAAGAAGGCCGCCUUCACGGCGGGCGCAGAGGAGCGGCGCAAGCGGCGGGACGCGCUGCUGCAGAAGCUGGAGGAAGCCAACUUGCGGCUGCAGCUAUUUGCAAAGGCGCUGGAGCUGUUUGAAGAGGACGCCGCCACGGGUCCGCUGCUGCAGAGACAUCUGCUGAGGACCACCGCGACAGAGGCGACGGACGCGCUGCUGAUGAGCGAGAGGGAGGCGGAAGCGGAGGAUGGGGAAGAGCGGGAGCCGACCGCAGGGCCUCUGUCAGCAGCGGAGCGCGCAUCGGCGGUGCGGGCUCUGCCAAAAGGCGUGGCCGAGCGGGCGAGAGCCAUGCUGGCAGCGUUAGACGGCAAGGACGUGGCGGCGUUCCAGGAGGCGCUGGACCACACGGCGGAGGCAUGCGGCGUGCGGCUGAAAAAGCUGGACAAGAAGCUCGAGCGCUCCCUCCUGCACGCGCACAGAAAGACCCUCGUCGCUCAACUGGAGGCGGAGAACAGCGCUGUUGCAUCGCUGCCCCUGGUGGUGGCCGCUUUGUACGCCCAGGUCCUCAGUCGUGCCCUGCAAGCGCCAGGGCGGGCCAUGGCAGCAGCCAUUGCCAGGCUAAAGGAUGAGCUCCCCCCCGCGUCGUUUGCCACUCUCAACGAGUACCAUCGAGCCACUGUUGAUCUUCUCGCAGCGACAGCAGCCUCUGCCUCCGAAGGUGACGACACUAAGUUGAUGGGCCAGAAAGAAGAGAGCUUAAACAGCCAGCUUGCCUCUCUUAAAGCACUCGUUCUCGGAUCCUCAGAAGGCUCCUGAGAGAAACUAGGUGCAGGCACAGAGUAGGCUCGGGUCGAGGUGAAAUACUCGAUGCGAGUAAGUUAAGGAUCAGGCCGAUCGGAAGUAAAAGGACUUCGCAGCCCAAUAUGUUCUCGAUUGCGGGUAUAGCCAUGGAGCAUGUGAUUGGCAGGAGCCGCCAGCUCCGUCGUGCAUCCUGCAUGGAUGUUGUAGCCGGAC